UGUAGCAGCACAACUCUCGUGCCUUCCAGGAAGCUAGUGGAGAAGCUCAAAGAGAACCACUUCCUCCUUAAAAAAAGACGUUACAGCAUUUUCCAGGUGUGAUCAUACUGUCUCUCUCCACAACCUGGGUUUGACCAUGAAGAAUAAGAAUAAAGAUGAGACCAGCGAUACAGACAGUGGCAUCAUAAUCCAGUCCGGUCCUGAUAGCCCCAUGGCUGCAAUGAAGGAUUUGACGCAAGCCAUGAGGAAGCAGCAGAAGGCCCUUGAGGAACGACUAGAAGCCUGUUUACAGGAGCUACGAAGAUUGUGUUUGCGUGAAGCAGAAUUGACAGGAAUGCUGUCUCCAGAGUAUCCUCUGAAACCAGGAGAGAAAGCCCCGAAGGUCCGCCGUCGAAUUGGUGCUGCUUUCAAACUGGACCAAAAGGCUAUUCUUUCAGGAGCAGAUCCGCUGAGCACAUUAGAGAGAGACCUGGCUCUGCAGCUACAGAUUGCUGAAGCUGCUCGGUGUCUUUCCAAAGAAGAAAAUCUUGCCAAGCAGGUUCGAAAACGGCGGAAAAGCGCCGUUUUGAAAGAGGAAAAGAAACUGAAGGAGUUGGAGCAAGCGCUCUGUGACUAUCGCCUGGCAUCCAAACAGCAGUCCCAGAUAAAGACCAUUGCUCCAGCCUUAGAAGGGUUCAGUGCCUCUGAUGAACAUUGCUUGUUGGACACAACUGUGAGAGAAGAAGAAGUCCCUGUGGUGAAUCCUCACCUUCCAACAAUAAUUACACCUUGGACACAAAUCCAGUCUCACCACAGUCCUUCAUCGCAACUUUCCUCCCUUGGCUUUCUAGAAGAUUCAACUCAUUAUCCAGCUGCUGAAGUGGAGUCUUCUCCCAUCCAGAAUAGCCCUUGGAAAGAAACUAGUUUGGACAAGCCCUAUGAGAAGCCCAAGAAGUCGAUGGGGUCCAACAGCACGCUGAGCACAGCAAGCAUAAAGCCCCCACCGGCACCCAGCCCUUCCAUCCAGAGGGCAGUUGAGACACACCUGUGUCCCUUAGAUCCUCCAAGGAAGCUGGAAGUAAGAAGACAGGCUGGUUUUAGUGCCCCUCCAACCCCAGAAUUCCCGGGAAGGAGAGGACAGUCUCAGUUGAUAAGGGUAUGUUCCACUCGGGAAAGUUUGGAGUCCCGAGGAAGAAGUGCACUGCCCAGGCGACGUCCCACCUACUAUACCGUGACUGUCCCUGAAUUCUGUUUCGCUGCAUCCAAUCCCAAUCCUGCUCCGAAAGCCAAUUUUCACUCUGCUUCAGAAGAUAGCAAUUCAGAUGUCUCCAGCAUCUCUUACACAACAUCUGCUGGCAGCAGCAGCCCGGACAUUUCCUUUAUGAAGCCGGCAUCUGUAGUGUCCAAGGAGGAGCCCACGCAGCUGUUUCAUAACCAGGUCUGCAAGGGACAAGAAGUAGAAUACCAUCAUCUGUGUCCUCAGAACCUGCGUUCAGGGCCAGGUUUUUUUCCUGUCACAGAACGUGUGCCGAAUAGCCACCUCUGCCAUGGUCGGCCAUCUUUUCUCUCUGGCAGCUCAGCUCACUUUGCCUACAAGGAAGAAGCGGUGCCAGUUAGAUUCCAUAGGUCUGUUGUAUCCCACAGCAGGGUAGUUCGUACGCCAUCCCUGAAGGACUUUGUUCCAGUGGGGCCUCGAGUUCUCUCCAAGGCGGCAGUGACAGAAGAGUUAAAAUCCUGGCACGAACGAACCCGGCUGCGCAAUGCGCGUCCACAUUCGCUGGAUAGGCAAGGAGCUUUCCGUGUGCGCAAUAUGCCAGGCAGAGAAUUGCAUUCUCCUUGUUCCUUGGGACAUCAAAUUCAGGUACCUCGUAUCCAUAUCCUCAAACGCUCUCCUGAAGGAGCCCCUGUGCAAGUCUACGUCCCGGAAAAUGGAGAAAUCAUUACUCAAGUUUAGAGGCUGCUAGACCCUGGAAGCAUGAGCCGGAAGGCCCUUGUUUAGGAGGGGAAGAAGAGGCCUUAAGUCAAGUCUUGACACGUUCUUGCAUUUUGUGCUCCUCCUGUUUGGGAGAAACUUUGGGACUUGUUCUGCAAGCUAUGUGAGACCAUGUUCCUAUGAUGAAUUGAAACAGUGUACCGAUGACAACAGAAUUUAUGUUUCUUGUAUUAUAUGAAAUACAGAUCAAAUUAACCAGGAUUUGUCUGCCUAUUUGUUUCUCUUAGGUCUGUGCUGGAAAUAACUUUAGUGUGUCUGUAGAUUAUGAAAAUGAAGUUAGUGUAGGAUUUUUGUAGUCCAAGCUAUUUCUGACUACAACUUA